ACGCGGAGUGGGCGCAUACAAGACGCGCCUACCGAGGCUUAAAGACUUGUUUUUUUUUUUCCCCUCCGAGACAGGAGACAUGAGGUUCCGAGACACCUGUCAGCAGGACUACACAUCCAGAAGCUGCGUGUGCUGCAACUGGAGGCUGCGUGUUUAACCAUGGACGCGCUGUUGUCGUUCUUCUUAUAGCCUCUUGGUGACCAAGGAGCGUAAAGUUAUUCUGCUGCUUUCUUGUUUUUCUUUGUGUUAUCCUUCGGGUUUUUGUUUUUUUUAAAUCCCAAGCCGCAUGAGUUCCCCGCUGUUUCUAGGUCAGCUGGUCGGGGUUCCGUUAGAAAUAAUGCACCCCACCAUGGAGAAAGACACGACUUACACCAAGAUCUUCGUCGGCGGGUUGCCGUAUCACACCAACGACGCCUCACUUCGGAAAUAUUUCGAGACUUUCGGUGACAUCGACGAGGCGGUGGUUAUCACAGACAAACAGACGGGCAAGUCCAGAGGAUAUGGCUUUGUGACCAUGGUGGACAGGGGAGCAGCGGAGCGGGCGUGCAAAGACGCCAACCCCAUCAUCGACGGCAGGAAGGCCAACGUGAACCUGGCGUACCUGGGAGCGAAGCCUCGCAGCUCGCAAUCUAGUCUCUCUGUUGGAGUUCAGCAAGUCCAUCCUACGUGGGCUCAGAGGCAAUAUGGGCUCGCCCAGCAGUACGUCUACCCGCAGGCCUUCCUCCAUCCCAGCCUGGUGCUGCAGUCCCAGCUCAGCCCCACAGCGGCAGCAGCAGCGCUCGCCUCCCCUUACCUGGACUACAGCUCCGCCUACAGCCACUAUGCCCCCACGGGACUGGAGCAGUACCCCUACACCCAGUCCCCGUCGCCCGCCGCUGGCUACCUCAGCUACAGCUUCUCCCCCGGCACGCCGGCGCCCGCUCUCACAGCGUCCCCGACCCCUCCAUCCGCCAUCCAUCCUCCCCUGGCUGCACUCGCCACCAUGUCUGCCGCCCCGCAGGCCUUCCUCCAUUACCCUCUGCACCAGCCCGACCGCAUGCAGUGAGCAGCUCUGCGCGGAGCUGCAGCUGCCGAACUGAUGAUUCAAAGCAGCGUGACUGUUGACCUGUGACAUCAUCAGGACUGGUUAACCAGGGAGAGAGUGUGAUGUAAUCAAAAGGGCUUUUAGAAAGCACUCUCCUUCCUGUUUUUUAUAUAUAUAUAUAUAUAUAUAUAUAUAUAUAAUUGUUGUUGUAAUAGGUGAUGAAAAUGUUCUAUUGCUACAGUUAUCAGCACUCGAUGUGAAUGUUUUUCAUACGUGGCAGACGACUGGUAAUCUUCUGGAUGUUUCUGUCUUUACCACUGACCCUGAGGUUGGAGGCAGGUCGACUGCUGGAGAGCGCACCGGUAAAGACAACGAGAAAUAUGUCAUGUUUGACACGAUGCUGGGGCUGCAGUUUCUCCAAAGGUACUGAGCUGAAUGCUGGAUAUUAGCCAAGCCGAGAGCCAGAAACAAAGGCCCAAUUACCUCCUCUUCAAGGUUACCUUUCUGUCCAUGGCCUUAGAGAUCUUUCUCUCGCUCUCUCUCUCUCUCUCUGUACCCAGUUCAGUUUGUUUGUCAUUUUUAUUAGUCUCUCAUCUCAAAUGGACAAAAUGUUUAUUGUGCUCCCCUUUUUUUGUUCCUUUUAUCUACCGCUGGCAAGUGAUUACACGGUGAUAAUCACAGUUUAACAGAAUAUGCAAAUACGAUGGUAAAGGAUGAGCUUGAACAAGGUAGACAACACUGGUAUUUUGUAUUUUGUAUUGCUGCUGCUAGAGUUACUGAGAGAGAGACUUUGUUAACACUUAAAACACAAUAGUCAUCACAUUAAAUACCUGCAGCGGCUUGUUAGGCUAUUUUUCUGGACCUGUAACUUUUGGAGAGUGUCUGGAUAGUUUGGUUUUAUGAUACCUAAAUUACAAAGUUGUCAAUACAUAUCAAGUAAAUGUGUUUGGAUGUAGGUGAUGUUGUACUGAAUAUGUGUAAGUGUAUUUGGUGUCUGUUGGUCUGUGUGCGAGUCGAGUGAGAGAGAGAAAUGGAGCGAUGCAGUAUACGCCAGUGUCAGCACCGAGCUCCUUUUCCAGCCCAUUGUACUGCUCAGAGUUGUCUUUGUUUUGUUUCUGGUUUUUUUCAGCUGCAGAAUACAGACGGAUGCUUCAGCGAUAAUACUGGAGUCUCACGGUGCUGUGGCACCACCUUAGUAAAGUCAUAAACCAAGCCAUACGUCACGUUUAAAACAAAUAUGCAAAAUAAAAAUGAAUAUUUCUAAAAAAAAA